AUUUCAGUACCAAAAGCGGUAACCCCGAGCUACACUCGGGCUUACCCUGCGGCACUGCUCCGGCAUGUUGUCUUCACUUACCUUACCCUGCGCUCCCACGAUGUGUCCCCUGCAGCGUCCCCGGCCAUCUCCUCCGGCCGAUGCCGGCAUCCGGCUUCUGUGUCCUGUCCCUGUGACGUCGGGACGUACGGGCGCCGCCGCCGCCGCCGCCGGCGGCGGGAAAUUUAAAAAUUUUAAAAAAAUGUCUUUUUUUUUUUUUUUACAUUUUUCAUAUGCUUUGUCCUGUGCCCUGCCUGCAUUUUGUCUGUUCUUUCUG